CCUGGAAUCCGUUGGGCAUAUUCCGCAAGCACGCUCCGCUCUGAUAGCUGAAGUUGCUGUUCGAGUUAGCCGUUGCUGCCUAGGGAUCGCUGCAGCGACCAGUUCGUUGCAAACCGACUCUUCGGAAAGCGGGAGCGAAGCGAACACAGCAAGUUAUUGGGCCCUGAAUUGAUGCAAGCACAAUGCUAGAGUAGGAUCGCUGGCGUGGAUUAGGAGCGCAUCACGAAGUAACCACCAUGCCUUGGGAUUGUCGCAUGGUCGCGACUCCACGCGUGCACUCCGAUUGAGUGUGAGAGCGAGACAGGCGCCGGCGGGGACAGGAACAGAACAGACGGGGCAAGGGCAGGAGCCGACCUCGACGAGCUGCUUGCAUGUGUGCGCUGGGGAAGUCGAGUUGGCGAGCACACCGUAUCGGAGUCGACUGUAGCGAGGCGUCGUCUAGAAGCGACCAUCACAGGCCGCCAUGAAUCACACGGGCAUCCUCGCCGCGCUCUUCUACGGGUUGAUGUCGGUGGCGUCGGUGUUCAUCAACAAGGCGCUGUUCCACGUGUACCGCUUCAAGUUCCCCUACACGCUCGUCUUCUUCCAGACGCUCUUCACGCUCGCGCUGCUCGCCGCCAUGCGCCAGCUGCGCCUCAUCCGCGUCACGCCCUUCCACCUGCACGUGCUCCGCCGCGUGUCGCUGCUGUCGUUCGCGUUCCUGCUGAAGCUGCUGCUGGACAUGGCGGCGCUGUCGCGUGUCAACAUCCCCAUGUACGGCGUGCUCAAGUCCGCCACCACGCCCUUCGUGCUGCUGCUCGACUUCCUGCUGCGCGCCAAGCGCGCCUCCCCGCGCAUCCAGCUCGCCGUCUACACCACGGCCCUGGGCGGCGUCGUGGCGGGCACGGGCGACCUGACGUUCGACCUGCCGGGGUACGUGCUGGCGCUGUCGUCGGCGCUGGCCACCGCUGCCUACGUGGUGAUCGUGGGGAAGCUGGGCGAGGAGCUGGCGCUGGACUCGUUCACGCUGCUGCUCUACAACAACUGCUGGUCGCUGCCCUUCGCCCUGCUGCUCGUCGCCGCCAACGGCGAGCUGCCCGCCGUGCAGCGCGUGCUGCAGUCGCGCGACGCCGUCUUCCUGCUGUGCUUCGUGCUGUCCUGUGCGUCCGCCUUCAUCCUCAACCUCGCCACGUACCUCUGCACUCUCGUCAACGACAGCCUCACCACCAGCAUUGUUGGUCGCACCAAGUCCAUCCUGCAAGGCUUCGGAGGGCUCUUCGCAUUCGGAGAUGUGCUGGUUAGCCCCACCAAUCUUGUCGGCUUGAUAGUGAAUUCAGGAGGAGUGGGGUGGUAUGCGUAUGAGAAGUAUGUGGAGGCGAGGGCAAAGCAGAAAGGGGCGUACUCCCUACUGGCAGAGCGCCACCACCACGAUGCUGACAGCAGAACAACCAUCGCUAGAGAUGGCUCACAGGUUACCAUUGUUUUUUAUGAUCUUAAAAAGGACGACUUACCUCUGACAUUGAAUGGAGACACUAAGUCUCAAGAAACCUAGUUGUAGUGGGGCUGUCUGCAUCCUUUUUUACACACAAGAGAUGUAUUUAUGAUGCCCCGGUAUUUAUAUCGUUCAUACCAACGUAGCAUGUCCAGGUUGA